GGUCACAUGGAGUGUGCCAUACUAUGCCACAACACAGUCGGCUGUCAAAGCUUCAACUUGGGUACAGCAUCUCCAUACCAAUGCCAGCUGCUGACACUUACUACGUAUGACACUGUUGUUACCGGUAGUAAUAGCUUCAACCAGUACAUCAAAACUACUGCUAUGAUUGUUCCAGUGAAGACGAGCAGCCCCGGGCACUGGGGAACUUGGCAUCCCUGGUUCUACUGUUCACCUGGGAGCUACAUGCACGCGGUUAGAAUUAAGUAUGAUGACUAUUACUCAAGCCCAGAUGCCGUUGGAGUGACCCACCUGGAAGUUUUCUGCAAGUAUCCUGAUGGCACUGCUGCCAACAACGCGGUUAAUGGAGUCAUUGAUUUCACACCCACCGGAUCAUGGCUAACUUAUCAAGGAUGUCCUUCGGGAACAUGGAUCAAAGCCUGGGAGCAGUCCGUGACCCCUGCCCUCGGAACUGCCAGUGAUGACGAUGCACUGAACAACCUCGUAUUCCACUGUUCGUCGGACCUGAAUGGUCGUUCUGGUCUAGGAACCUCUCUGCUGGGCACAGGCGAUACUCGCUACCCCCUUUCUCUAGGCGAGUGCCCCUUUUCGUUCAUGGCGUGCGGCUUGAGCCUCAUGGUCGAAGCCUACCAGGGCACUAACGGCGACAACACUGGUGUUAACGACGUGAAUCUCGCCUGCUGUUUCAUCGACCUGUUUGAGUGACUUAAUCUUCUGUGGAGAAGUUUACGGACUGAAUUUCUCUUGGAGAUGCUGGUAGAACAAGUGCCCUGGAUACUCCAACACUGGAAUAAGCUUGUGACUUGAGAAAAGAUUGGAGAAACAAUUCUUAUUUCAUAGCAAUGUUAGUUACUUUUUAAUUUGAUUUUCACUUCAUCAGACUUCUUACAGCAUAUAAUGA